GUUGCCACUGUGUGCCGGAGCCGAACUUACGUGACCUUGCGGAUCGAUCGUGUCAUAAUAACCAAAAAAAAUUGUCACUUGAAAAAGUUUUGAUUAAACAUUUGCAUUUAACCGCGUUACUAAAUUCAUAUUCUGAUAAAGCAAGUGAAGCCAGUUUUAUUUGGCAAAAAUAUUGCAAGGUGAAGAAUUUCUGGGACGACUGCACGGUGACGUCACCACAUGCCAUGGCACACAAUAUCCUUAUCAGACCCGUCACUGAGGAGGACUGCAGUCAAGUCGUUCAACUGUCUAGAGAAGUGCAGCGCGACAUGGCUGUUGAUAUCGUAGUUCAUCAGUUACGAUUUGUCAUCAGGCAUCCGUGGCCGUACACCAUGAUGGCCGUUUUUACCAUUAUUGUGCACACCCUCACCGAGUGGAGCGUCAUUCAGUCAAUUGCUGUCGGUCUUUCAGUGACGUUAGUGGAAGAAACAAUACGAUUCUUGGUGUUCUUCAGCAAGUGGGUGGACAUUUUUCAAGCCGGGGAUGAUGUCAUCAAUGUCCUGACAGCUUUUGCAAAGCCUAAAGGGCAGUUCCUGGUUGCGGUGGUGGACGGUCGUGUGGUGGCCACGGCAGGAGUGAAGCAGAGCAGCCGACCAGACAUUGGAGUCAUCACGCGCUUUUUCAUCCAAAAGAAUUUUCGGGGAAUCGGGCUGGGAACGAGGUUACUCUCUGCUGCCAAAAAGGAGCUUCGUGACAUCGGUUGCAGGUCCGCAGAGCUGCUCACACAUCACAGCAACGUCCCGGCUUUGAACUUCUAUUACAAGCAUGGCUUUAGGAAGUUCAACGUGAUCCACUACGCGAAUGUUUACCCAUACGUGUAUGACCAGUACGAGCUCAGCAGGAGCUUGACUGACGUGGACUCUGAACAUGACUUGUCUACCGGCAGCAGCGGAGAAUAAUUCAGACGGCGUAGUUAAAACUGCGUCGAAUUCAACCUUGCGUGGCGGGUGAAUACUGAACAUUUGUACAAUUUAUAAAAAAAGUGUGGUCUUGAG